AUGGCCAUGUCCCGUCAAGGUGAUGAAACAAUGUUUGUUCUACCCGAUGAAUUGAAAUGUGAUGAAGAAUCACAUGAUAUUAUAGCUCGAAUUGAUAUUGAACAAGGGCAUCGUUUUGGUCCAUUUCCAGCUAAUCUCGUUUCUUGUCAACAACAACAAUUGUCAUCCGGUUCAGAUUCAACUAAUGUUAGUUGUAUGAUCAUGCAAAUUGAUAAUGAAAUUCUUGAACAUCGAACACAAUCUUUUCAAUUACUUGAUAAUAAACAUAAUUGGCUAGCUAGAUGUUCAACAUCGAAUAAUUCUUCAUCAAAUCUCGAUAUAAAUUUUCAAAAUGAUCAAAUAUAUGCAAUUUUAACUCAAUCUAUAAAAAUUGGUACACGUCUUUCUUCAAAUAUAAUAAUUCUUCCAAAAUUAACGCAUACUGAAGAUUCUCAAGUAAAACAAGAACCAAAAUUAACUAUGAAUAAUAAUAAUAAGAAUGAUGAUAAUAUUAAAGUCAAAGAAGAACCUAUUGAAUCUGAAGAUGAACAACAACAACAAAUUGAUCUUUCUUCACCGAGUAUUAAAUCAGAAUCACCUAUCACCAAUACUAAUACAUCAAAAACUAAAGAAACAAAAAAGCUUCAUCCUCUUCUUUUUACAUGUGAUGAUUGUGGUAUUCGUUAUAGUAACCGAAAUACAUUAGAUGCUCACCGACAACAUUAUUGUACCAAACGAGAAACUACAAAAAAUCAUUCAACAGAUUCGACAAUGGCUGUUAAAAUAAAGGGCAUGAAACGCAAACAUAUUGAUAUAAAUGAUUCAUCACCAUCACCAACAAAACGUUUAUCGUUAUCAUUAAAUGAUGCUUAUUGUUCAGAAUGUGAUAUUUUAUUUUCAAAACCAGAUAAUCUUUUACAACAUAAAUUACAUUAUUGUGGUACAAAAUCAUCAUCUUUACGUCAAAUAAAUGAAAAUAUAUCAAGUUCAUUUCGACCACCUAUCCCAUUUGAUCGUCCAAUACAAAUAGGACAAUUUAUAUAUGUACCAGUACCAAUUGUUUCAUCACAAAUUGAAAAUAAUGAUCGAUCAUUAUCACCUAAUGAUGAUAAUAAACCACUUGAUUUAAGUAAACCUAAAAAACAAAAUAAUGAUCAUGAACAACAACAGCAACAACCUCUAACAACGAAUAAUACAUCGACAUCACCAUUAGAUUUAACUAUUGAAAAACCAACAAAUUUAUUUAAUGUACUUAAUACAUCAUCAAUAAUAACAAAAUCAACACAUCAUACUCAACAACAAAUAUAUGAAUGUGAUUAUUGUUCAAUACGUUUUAGUUCAUUAAAAACUUUGCAUGCUCAUCAAGAAAACUAUUGUAUUGAAUAUAGAAAACAGAAGAAAAUUGGAAAUAAUAAUUCAUUAAUAAAUACAUCUACAAAUGAAACGAAAACACCAAACAAUGAUUCUAAUCGAUCCCAAUCUCCUCCAAUAUCAUCAACAAUGUCAAGAACGACUCCAUUAUCUCCGAAUGAUUCUAUAAAUUCAUCUUAUCUACCACCACAUCGUUCAUCUCCAUUUAUGUGUCGUCUAUGCAAAUAUCGUGGAAAUACUCUACGUGGAAUGCGUAUGCAUUUUAAAUUUCAUUUGUCUAAUAAUGAACCAUGUUCAGACGAUGAUAUUAUUAUAACAUCAACAAUAAAUAAUUCUUUAUCUAUUCCAUCAACUCAAUUAUUACUUAAAUGUACAAUAUGUUCGGCUAUGUUUGAUCAUGAAGAUGCAUUAAUAAAUCAUAUAAAGUGUGUACAUACAAAAGAAACUUUACUUGAAUGUUUAGAAUGUCAAUCAAGAUUUUGUUCAAAAUGGAAUUUACUUCGUCAUAUGAAAUUAACACAUACAAAUAUUAAAUGUGAUGAAGAAGAACAAGAUGAUAAUACUGAACAUAUUAUAUCAAAUGAUUCUCAUUUUAUUAUUAAUGGAUCAAAUAAUGAACAAAAAUUGGAGGAUGAUCAAGAUCUUUCCUCUUCUCCAUCUUCUUCUGGUAAUGAUAAAUCCUCUGGUCCAAUGAAUCUCACUCGUAAUGUUCUUAUUGAAUCAAUGGAUAUAAACUCAAUGAAAAAAGUUUCCGAUGGAUAUGUAGUGAAAAAAAAAUUUGCUUGUCCUUAUUGUCACAUAAAAUUUGGUAGCAUUGACACAUUAAAACAACAUAUGACGAAUUAUUGUUCAUCACGACCAACAAAUGAUGAUCAAUCAAAUAAUAAAAAGAAAACUAAUGAUACGUAUUGUUCAACAUGUCAAAUUCCAUUUCGACAUAAAAGUUCUUAUGAUGCACAUAAAAUGUAUUAUUGUCGAGGUAGUAAUAAAGCUCAUGUUAAAAUGCAAGCUUAA